GGCCAGGUGCUCUGCUGGAAGCUAGGGAUUAUUCCAGGCAGUCCUUGCCCUCCAAUAGUUGAGAAUCUAGAAGGGGGUGAGAGGAAGCCACACUUCAAUAAGAAUACCUGAGAUAAUUGUUCAGUUGGAGAUACUUCUGAGGGCUGUGAAAUUUGAAGGAUGAUUUGGUAUUCGCCAGAUGGACAGUGGUGAUGACACUGAAGAUGUUUCGCUGUUUGAUGCUGAAGAGGAGACUACAGAUAGGCCAAAAAAAUCCAAAAUCAGACACCCAGUGGCAUCAUUUUUCCAUUUAUUCUUUCGAGUCAGUGCAAUUGUAGUCUAUCUUCUCUGUGAAUUGUUCAGCAGCAGCUUUAUUGCCUGUAUGGUGACAAUUAUCUUGUUGUUGUCAUGUGACUUUUGGGCAGUGAAGAACGUCACAGGUAGACUAAUGGUUGGCCUACGAUGGUGGAAUCAUAUUGAUGAAGAUGGCAAGAGCCAUUGGGUGUUUGAGUCCAGGAAGGCAUCCCGUCAGGAGAAUAAAACUGUUUCGGAGGCUGAAUCGAGAAUCUUCUGGUUAGGGCUCGUUACCUGCCCGGUGCUGUGGGUGGUUUUUGCCUUCAGUGCCCUCUUCUCCUUCCGGGUGAAAUGGCUGGCGGUGGUUAUCAUGGGCGUGGUGCUCCAGGGUGCCAACCUGUAUGGUUACAUCAGGUGUAAAGUGGGCAGCAGAAAGAACUUAACCAGCAUGGCCACUUCCUACCUGGGAAAGCAGUUUUUAAGAAAAAACUUGGAAAAUGAUCAGACUUCCUGAAGAGAGACAAAGCUUAUGUGUUCUAUUACAUUGGGGAAAAACUGAAGAGAUUCUUGACUGAACCGUUUAGAGCUUAGUACUUGUUGCAAAGAGGAGGGUUGGGUUCGUUUCUCCAUUUAAAAUGUUUAUUUUUAAAAAAGGAAAAAAAUAGUUUGUUUUUUCUUUUUAGUUUGAAGGUUUGGUAACACUAGAAACAUUGUCAUAAUUUAUUUCAUGAUAUAUUUAAGUAGGUGCAUAAUCUUGUAAUCUCUGUAUGUCACAAAUUAGUGAAAGCAUCUGUGUACGUUCAUGUAGGUAAUGGAGACCUCUGCAUUUUGAUCUCUAGUUAUUCAUAGAAGAUGUUCUUAGUCUGUCGCAAAGCUAUGAGUUUACAUACUAUUUCUGUAGAUUAUUUUCAGAAGAAAGUUUUCUUUCCACAGUUAAGAGUAUGCCCUUUGGUUUAUGUUUAACUUAGAAAUAACUGUUAAUUUUACAACUGACUAUGUACUUCAUGGCAAAACAUCUUAUCCUGGAUGUACACAGGAAAGUAAAAACCCAAUUUGGGCCAGUGGUGUUAGUUACUUUCUGAAAUUUUAUUUUUAUUUGCAAAAGGUCAUGUACUUAAGUUCCAGUUAAUAUAAGCAGAAUUAUGUUUAAGGGAUACCUAGAGAUAGCUGCUUUUCUAUUUAUUUUAGGGAAAGGAUAGCCAGGUUGUACUUUGGAACUCCUUGGAUGCUUUUUAGUGGUCUUUGGCCUAAUGAGCUCUUUUACCACUUAAAGAGGAUUAUUCUUAUGUUGUAGUGGGAAUAAUAAUUUAAAUAUUUGGCAUAAUAAAUGCCUGAAAGAUUUUAUUUUAGGAAUCUUAUUUUUUUUCUUUCUAUUGUGGGGAUACUGUAAAUCAUGCGCUUGUAUUAAUGGUACUUUUUAAAGCAAUAUAUGUCAUUAUAAACUAAGCCAAUCUACACACUGUUAUAAUGAUCUGUAAAUUCUGUUGUAGGUUCUAUAAAGUUUGUUGGAGUCUUUUAUUAACAGAUUAUUUUGUGAAUGUAUUUAUACAUUGUUAACAAUUUUUAAAAGAUGUUUUGUUAAAUUCACUGAGUGUCUAUUGGAGUGAUAGCUUUGGAGGUGCCUAACUUUAUAUUUGUAUAAAACUCUACUGUUUACAAAGCACUUUGACAUGUGUAAUCUCAUUUAACCCUCACCAACAAACCUGUUAUAUGUAAUCCCUGUUUAUAGAUGAUGAAAUUGAACCUCAGAUUAUAUUUGGUGACUUGCCCAAAGAAACAGAUUACAAGAAGAUCUAUCAAGAUGUGUGACUGUUAAGAGAAAUAUUUGUGUCUAAAUAUCUUUUUCUUUCUUAGGAAACAUGUAUUAGGUGCUUGCUUACUGUUUUACUUAAAUUUGGCUAUUCCAUCUAGUGGAAGAAGUUGAUACAUCAUUAUAGAUGUGCUAUUAUUUAAUCUGAAAGAUCUAACCUACAUCUUUAGGGUUGAGAAUCUACCAGGGGAUAUAUUGGUGUAGUUCUUGGGGUAGCUAUGUGUGUAUUUGAACCUGCAGUCCUAAACCAAAUGUGAAUUGGAUUUUGUAAUAUGCACAUGGAAGGAUCCACCUCCUCUUCCCCAAUAUCCCUUUUUCUCUUCUUCAGUAAUAUUAUAAUAAUAUUAACUGAGACAGGACAGCCUGGAAUAGAGACGGCUUUUCCUUCCUUUCCCUGCUGCAUUGAGUGUGGCCGUGUGAUGCACUUCCAGGAAGUAUCCUUAAAAAGAGGGGGCAUAGCUGUUUCCUGCUCCCUUCUCCUUCCUGCUAGCUGAAGUGUAAUAGUUGGAGCUUGAGCAGCCCUCUUGGGUGAUGGUACGGAAGUCUCAUUUUGUGAGUGGCCGAGAAAUAAGUGGGAGAUUGCGUUCCAUCAGGGGGAUAUAGCAGCCCUGAACUGCCUAUCUGAAUUUCUAAUUGAGAGAGAAGCAAACUUCUGUCCUGCUUGAGUGCUACUCUUUUGGCUUUUCUGUUGCUCAUAGCCUACCUGAAUCAUCAAUACAAUGCAUUUUUACCAUCACCCAUAAUUGUUUCCUUUAGUAUAGCAUGCGAGAUGCAGUGAUUCAGCAGAUACAUACUUGAAGUCUGGGUUCCUUUUUCUCUAUGUAGUAAUUAAGCUACUAUAGAGGUGCCGACGAGCCCACUAUUCCAGAUGCUGUUGCUGCAUAACAAAUCACCCCAAAACUCAGCAGUAUAAAACAACCACAAAUAAAAUGCUCACAGGUUCUGUGGGACAGAAAUUGGGAUGGGGCUUGUCUCUGCUCCACUAUCUGGGGGCUCAGCAGGGAAGCUGUGAAGGCUGGGGCAGGGGUCACCUGGGGAUGUCUUCGCCAUGUGACCAGAGGUGACUGUUGGCUGUCAGCCAGGACCUCAGCUCGGUUGGUUGUGGUCUGUCUGCAUGGACUGGUUUGGGUUCUUCACAGCUUGGUGGCUGGGCUCUAAGCGAACAUCCUUCGAGGGCAAGGUGAAUGUGCGUGGCAGUUUUCUCAUCUAGUCUCAGAAUUCAUGUAGCGUCCUUUCCGCCAUACCCUAUUGAUUGAAGCGGUCACAGAGUCCACGCAGGCUCAAGGGAACAGGACUUGGACUUGUUUGAUGGGUCUAAGGCUUGAUUAUAAGAAGAGUUUAUGGGAUGGAAGAUGUUGCAGCCCUCUUCGGAAAAUUUAAUCUGUCUCACCCACUUUAGUCGUUUCAUCAAGACUGAAAAGUUACUUGGAAGAGACCAAGGGUGGUGUUUAUUGUCUCUUUUCUAUUCCCUGGGUCAGCCUUGGAUACAGGUGAGUGAAUUGGCUGUGUGCUGUAAUUAAAAUGAAGUUAACAUCACAUUCUCCAGCCCCAGAGCUCCUCCCUUUGACACCUCUGAGUGUCACUGGUCACUGGUGGGGGUGUGGGUGGGGGCAUGUAGAGAGAUGUUCCACCCUGGUGCCCUGUGAUCCUUUACCUGUGUUUAACUCUUUAGAGUUAAUCAAAGUUCUUUCAUUUUUAUAUUAUCUCUGCUUCUCCCCAUAACCUUGAGAGGAAGGGCCACUAUCAUCAUUAGCUUCAUGUUGCAGAUGUACAACUAAGAAAGGUAAGAUGAUUUGCCGAGGGUUGCGUGUAGCGAAGAUGGUAGCGCUUGCUAAAUACUCCAUUUGUCCCCAAGCAUGUCCCUUAAUUACUUGGGGCCAUGAGACUAGUUAUGGCCAAUGAAAUGUGAGUGAAAGUGACCAGGUUUCCCUUUGGGAAAAUCUCAUAGGAGAUUCUCCAGUCUUUCUUUCUCUUCUUGGGCAACUGGCAGUGCUGGAGUUGGUGGAUGCUUAGGCAGCCUGGGUCCCUGAGUGACUUGUAGAGAAGAAUCCGCUUUCCCACUCCUACUGGACAUGCAGAGUAGAUGAGAAAUAAACUGUUGUGUAUUAAUCCACUUGA